UGCUAGUUAGUUAUCGCAUCGUUGAGAUUCAUUGCAUGUGGCGUAAAUACGCACCCUAAUACGCACCUUAAUGUCCGGCGCUUCGCAUGCGCGCUACUUCUGUAUUCAUAACUUUGCAUAAGAAGGAAAAAAAAUCCCAUCUUUAAAAUGAGAUGAGAUUAGGUCGAAGUGAUUAACGGUCCGUGUUUCCUCGCGUGAGGUGGAAUAUCUCUAAAUUCUUCUGUUAUUGUUGUUGUCUGGGAUGCACCAGUGUUAAUUGGCGUUUGAGGCCGAUGACACGAAACGUUAUUCGGCUGUUUUUUUCCCCUUCUCUGUGACCGUUAAAGUUUAAAAUGCAGCCGGAGUAACAGCACCUUUCUUGUCUCAACAGCAGGCACAAAAAGCGAGGCUUCUGCCGAGGGAGGAACGCAGCUGAGCACCAAAGAGACACAAGAGAGAGAGAAAGCCCAGCGCUGAUGCACAAGUGAGAAUAAAAUCACAGUUUAAGCUCCUGAUGCAAUUCGCAAACUCGUUUUCUGGGAGUUUGAGGGAGUUUGAAGACAGUACUUAACGUUAUCAGAUAAUUAAUUAGACACCCCAUAAGCCCGGAAAUCAAUUAAUUCACAAAUCAAUAAAUCCAUAGUCUGGUGUAAUGAGAGACCUUCCAGACUGUUAGCCCGGCUGCUGAACAACAAUAACAAGAAGAGGAGAGCAACGACACAAGGGGGGAGGGGGGGUGGGUGCAAUAAAUACACGUUUAUUUGUCGAGCUUUUGAAGAUGGAUGGGAGUCUAGGGGAGAUGUCCCUCCACGGUCACCCCGAUCUGGCCCACAGCCAGGACGGCAGGGCCAUGCUGCACUCGCGGGACCUCUCGGCUGCCUUCCCGAGGCCCUCCCUCGGGGGUCCCUCCAUGUCCCUGGAGCCCGAGCCUCGUCCGUCGGGCUUCGACCACUCCAUGUCGGCACUGGGCUACAGCGGCGACUCCCCGUCCAGCUCCGGCAGCACCUACACCACCCUGACCCCCUUGCAGCCCUUCGACGACAAGUUCCAUCACCACCACCACCACCACCACCCCUGCCUCCCCGUCAGCAACGUCAUCGGCAGCUUCACCCUCAUGCGCGAGGACCGGGGCCUCGGCACCAACUUCUACAACCCAUACGGCAAGGACCUGGCCAUGUCCCAGAGCCUGUCGCCCCCGUCCACGGGUUCGGGCCUGGCCUCCUCCAUGCACGGCUACGGCAGCUUGGGGAACAGCCCCAACGGCAACGGCGGCCAGAUGCUCCACGCCGGCUACGACGUCCACGGGGGAAGCCUCUUCUGCCGAACGUCAGAUUUUGGCCGCGAGAUGUCGCCACCGGGCCUGGGCGGAGGCGACGUGUCUGUGGGGCAUCAGCUGAACAAGAUGGAGGCUCACCAGCACGCCCCAGGCCACCACCCUCACAUCUACAGCCAGCACUACCAGCCCCACCAUCACCCAAGCCAGCAGGCCUCCAAGAUGGGCGAGCACCUGCACUCCUCGUCGUCCGCCAUGUCCUCGCCCGGCGAGGGCAUGCUGCCGGGCUCGCAGGGCGGCGGCGGCGGGGAGGAGAUCAACACCAGAGACGUGGCCCAGAGGAUCAUCACCGAGCUGAAGAGGUACAGCAUCCCCCAGGCCAUCUUCGCCGAGAGGGUUCUGUGUAGGUCACAGGGCACGCUGUCUGACCUCCUGAGGAACCCCAAGCCCUGGGGCAAGCUCAAGUCCGGCCGCGAGACCUUUAAGAGGAUGUCCCGCUGGCUGCAGGAGCCCGAGUUUCAAAGAAUGGCCUCGCUCCGGCUGGAGGCCUGCAAGCGGAAGGAGCAGGAGCAGAGCAAGCUGGAGCGAAACCAGGGCCCGAAGCGCACCCGGCUGGUGUUCACGGACCUGCAGCGCCGCACCCUCUUGGCCAUCUUCAGGGAGAACCACCGCCCGACCAAAGAGCUGCAGAUCACCAUCUCCCAGCAGCUGGGCCUGGAGCUCUCCACCGUCAGCAACUUCUUCAUGAACGCCCGCCGACGCAACGUCAACAAGUGGGCGGACGAGGGCCGUCCCUCCUCCACGGGUUCCUCGGGCUCCAGCGUCUCCUCCUCGGCCGUGUCCUGCAGCACGGCAUGAUGACGGACCGCCAAGGAGGGGCGGUGGGGAGGGGCGCCGAAAGGGAGCAAGGGGGGCACAUAGACUGGUCUAGGCAGAGAUCAGCCGUCAUAAAUGUCCUCCUCGUUAUCAGAAGGAGCGACAGAGCCGAGCUGUUAUAGAUGAUUUUAUGAAGAUGAAGCUUUUUGUUUUUCCCAAACCAAAGUUGAUCGCUCCCUUGAAAUAAAAGGGGGGCGAUACCCAGAGUGAUACGACCGCAGGAUGCGAGGUCCUGCUUGUAUAGUCGAGGGUGCAAAGAUGAUUUGACUCAAAGACAGAGUCACACCCUCACAUAGACGCCGUCUCAUUGCAUUAUUUUGAUUAUCUAGAUUAGAGAUAAUGAGGGUAUUACAAAUCAGGAGGAAGCAUAUUUUGGUGUACCUUCUAAUCUAUAGUCGUCUCUCCAAACGUGAAGAAUCAAGAGGUGGCGUUUGCUCACGCAUGGCGAGCUCCAUCGUAUAUCUUCUUAAUCAAAAGUGUUCACCAUCAUCCAAAGACGUUAAUACUCCCCCGAUGUCCUUAUGGUCCUGUUUUUUCCUCAAGAAUCAAGGUGAAAGAGGAAGAAAAAGGCUUUUUAUUCUUUUUUAACCCAGUUUUCUGUUUUUUCUGUUUUUUCCCGAAGAACCUAAUUCUCCUUUCUUAGCAUGUGUUACCAUGGUGAUGGUUCCCAGGACUGUACGCCGUAGUUCCACGUUUUCGGGAGCCUGGAAUUAUCAGGGGGGGUUAUGUAGCGUCCGUGACUCCCAGCCGUCAAUCAUUAUACCCCUCAAACGGGAGAGCCCGUUCCCCUGUGUUUCGCGAAAGAUGGUCCCGCCUCGAAUGAAUCAGAGUUCUCGAGAGGGGGAACCGCGGCGCAGCUCGCCGUACGCCAGGACCGGAUCAAUAAACACAAAGGAGGGAUGCAGAAACGGACUUGUCGGUGCAACUGUCUAGCUUUAAGACUCUGACUGAGCUUCCAAUCGAAAGCUCCACAGCCAUUUUUUUUGACUCAAAAAUCAAGCCAAAAAAAAAAAAAAAGGAAGAAGAAAAACAACCUUUGAACACAAAUGCUCCGUGGGGAAGAGCUACACCCGACACAAUGUAUAGUGACAUUGUAGUAUUUGUUUUUCCACUCAUUUCCAAAUAACUGUACACACCUCUGCUCCAUCACGAAACCUCUUCUCCUUUUUUUUUUUUUUUUUUUACAGAUGUCUAGAAAAUGGAGGAAUGUGAUUCUUUCAGCCCUUUUUGUACAGAUUUCAAGCACAUCGCUCUAUUUAUAGAAACACGAUGGAGGUGUGGGGCAGUUUGUUUCAGCCCUGCUGAUGUACAAGGUCAUUUUUUUGGUCCACAAAGGAACGGCUUUAACAUGCCUCCUUAUAGCCGAUCGUUAAAUCAAACCAAGAACGUCUCAAAUGCAAUUGCUGAUCUGAUCAAUGUAUUUAUUACUGAAUUUGUGUAUUUAUUGUUUUCCCUUUAUUUCUUUCCUCUAUUUAUUUGGUUAUUUAUUUAUGCUAUCUAUAUACUGUAAGUAUUUAUUUAACAAUGCUCUGUAUGUCUGUGUGAAACUGAAGACUUUUUCUGAUGGGCACUUUUAGCUGUAGAAUCCCAUCGUAAUACCAAAGAUUAACAUUGCCUCCCUGAAUGUACGGCCUGAAUCCCUGAACCCAGUACCCGAUCCCAACCUGAUCCCACCCCGAUUCAGCCCGACCCACCCAGUGAUGUUGCGUAUCUCUCUCUAUCUUUAAGGCCUGGCCUUUGUUUUUCGUUUUUUUUUUUGCUUUCUUUUUUGUAGAAUAAUGGGGAUUUCUUUACUCUUGCAAAUGUCUCUGCGGUCAGCUCUUAACGCCAAGGCCAAAGCUUGUUUGAAUGUUGUGAUAAUAUUUAGAAUUAAUGCUAUGAAUAAUAACAAUAAUAACGAUGAUGAUGUGGCAUCCCAUAGGUUCACAGGUUGCUCGUAAAGUUGUGUUCAGAGCAAUGCCAUCUGGCGGAGAGUGUAAAGUGUCUGAGGACCCACUUAAAGCCGUCUGAAGCCACCAUUGAGUGCCACCCCCCCAUCCCCCUCACCUGCCCCCCCUCCCCAAUGCAGUGCAGACACUCCUGUCUAUGUCCAACUCAGUGUGAUCUCACCGUCCUCCACAUGCCCAGUUGUCUCAGUUCCAACAGGGUUCUUAGGGUUCGUUCCUGGACCUUUGGGGUUCUUACGGUGUGCGCCUCAUCUUCUGGGGAUCUUGGACUUUUGGUUCCUGGGUUCUAAUGGUUUUAGGGUUUGUACCUGGACUUUUGGGGUUCUUAAAGUGUGCUCCUCAUCUUCUGGGGGUCUUGGAUCUUUGGUUCCUAGGUUCUAAUGGUUUUAGGGUUUGUCCCUGGACCUUUGGGGUUCUUAAAGUGUGUUCCUCAUCUUCUGUGGAUCUUGGGUUUUAGUUCCCUGGGUUCUAAAGGUCUUAGAGCUUGGCCUUCUUGGGUUGUUUUGCUUCGUUCCUCAUCUUUUAUGGACUCUGAUUUGGUUGUGAGGCCUCUUAUGUUUCUUGGUUUUGUCUGUCUGAACUUCUAAGGGUCUAAGAGUUUGAUCCUCAUCUUGCAGGGCUCUGUGAUUAUGUUGCAAGGCUUUUGGGGCCCUACAAGAGCGUUAGGAUUAAUUUCCUGAUCAUCUGGGGUUCUUGGAGUUCAUUCCUGGUCCGUUAGGGUUGUUUAGGUUCAACUUAGCUUCCACAGGCACAAGUGAUUUGAUUUUCCAGCAUUUUGUGUUGUAGACGCCUAAAUUAGGAGAAAAACAGACUCUCUGUGUAAAUGCUACCAAAGACUGGGGAGGUUAGCUUGGCUGUUUUCCACCCUCUCUCUCUCUCUCUCUUUCUCUGUCUUUAACGUUGGAAGGGGGCGGAUUGCCGGGGCCCCCUUCACAGCGUGCACUUGAAAGACGGGCGGUCAUGAAAGAGGCCAUCGACUUUUCCGCGGACUUCAAAGAGGAGGCUUUUUUCAUCCCGUCUCCUCUCUGGGUAUCUGGUCUGGGGUCCGCUCUUGGCCAGACCUGUGGGCUUUAGGGGGCAUUCAAAGGGGGCGGGGGGAGAUCAGAGAGGAGGCUGAAUCAUCCAGAAUGAGGAUGGUGGUAGUGGUGUGUGUGUGUGUGUGUGUGUGUGUGUGUGUAGGAGAGGUGGGAGGGGGGCUGUUCGAGGAAAAGGAGGUGUUGGAGUAGUGGGGCAUAGAGCUGAAUUAAAUUUUAAUGAGCAACAAUUGUAAGCAUGCUGAGAGCAAAGGGGGGGCGAUGGUGGGGGUGUGCGGUGGAGUCUGUACAGGGGGGGAAAUGAAAAAAAUAAAAGAGCUUUGAGGCUCCUCUGCCGACCCCUGCACGCCACUGUCAUCGUAUCAAAGCGGAGGUGACACCUUUCAGGUUUCUCUUUGUCUCUCUGACUGGGAGCCUAAAAUGGAGACAGAGCUUUUUGUAUUGAGCCUUCUGCUCCGUGUCAAGCGGGGAAGCUCUUCCCUCUCUGUGCAGACAGGAGGCGAGAGGGAGGGAGGAGUGAAUCAGCAUCGCCCCCUGGUGGCUUUUCUAGGAACUGGACCCUAGAAAAACAAGUCUGGCAGCAGAGGCCGUUGGAAGAGCAAUUCUGAGGGGAACGUUAAAUAAUGAAAUAGCAGAACUGAAAGCUAAUGUUUACUUUCAGAAUAAAAAAGACCAAAAAAACAAAAAAAAUCUCUUUUUUUGAAAAUGUUUAAACCAAAAAAAACAACAACAACCAAAGAUUGAAGGGUGACUGCUGAACGGUGAUGUAUCAUGGGUAGUUUUAGCAGUUCCCUAUCAGAGCUAUCGUAGCACUCAGAGGAUUCAAAAAAGCACCAGUGGGGUUCCGCGUGCUGAUUAUUUAUGUUGCAUAAAACAGUAUCAUGUUGAGCUGGAACUGAGAAACUGACAUGAGGCAGUGUCUUCAGAUGGAAGUCUUUUGACUCUGUAAACCCCAGUGUUACCCUGUCUUCCCCCCCCCCCCAUGUGUACAUGAAGACUUUACCCAUCUACCUCAACUGUGUGAGAUGUUGUGUGGCAAAGAUAUUCCUUAACCAAAGAAUCCAUCCUGUCAGGGUGUCUGUCUAUCUAUCUAUCUAUCUAUCUAUCUUGUCUGUCCAUCCGUCUCUUCUUCAUGCCUUUUACUCCAAACCAAAUGUGCUGGAAUCAAUCCGUAACAGGAGCCGAACAAGGCCCCCGUCCAGCCGAAGCUUAAGUCCAGUAUGCUAGAGUGUCCCAUCGAUACAUGUUCUGUAUAUAAAUAAAAUCAUUCUCAAGACCAAAAAAAAGAAGGGAGGUGACAAUCCAAGCAAGGAGGAUCUUGCUGUAAUCAACGUUGCCUAUUCCUUGUUUUUUUUCUCUCCGAAAACUUAGAAUCAUGUGACUUGCUGUAACAGAAAAGCCCAAAAAUCAAGCUCUCAUCCAAAAAAUAAAAAAGGUCGGAGGAGACAGAAGCUAUUUUUCCACAUUUGUAAGCCACCCCUUCAAACCCCUGUUUUUUCCAAAAUGUUUAGUGUAGUUGAAAUACUGUUCGAUCCCACUGUUGUAAGUAGGAAUUAAUUAAAUCCAUACAAAAAGCUUUAAACGGGGACGAGUUGAGGGAAAUAUUAUAUUUGACUGAGUCUGAGUUUCCUCAGCUCGGACUCGACCCACCAUGCUUUAUCGUGCCAUUCUUGUCCAUGUGUUAGACUUACUAAUGAAUGUGGCUAACCAACCAAAGGCUUUGAAAAAAAAAAGAUACACAACACUUUAAACGUCAAUCAUGGUGGGACAUUUUGUAUCAACAACUAAAGAAAAAUCCCUUUGAAUACCUCAUGUGAAAAUUGUUUGUUGUGAUGUUGCACUAAAAAAAUAAAAAUGACUCAUUUGUAACCCAA